AGGAAAAAACAGAGUGAAGUUGCAAAGGUAGGUUAGUGAAUGCAAGAUGAGCGGAGAUGAAUCUAACGGAUUGGUAGUAUUAAUGGGAGCGAAUGAAACGAUGAGUUAGUUCGAAAUUGAAGGAAUCAAAACCCAUCCAACCAAUAAAGUAAGAGGAAGAAGAAGAAGAAGACAAUAAGUUGAAAAAGCCCAAAAUGUCUUCAUCAUCAAGCACAAAUACUGAAACCCUUACUUCUUCUUCUUCUUCUUCUUCUUCUUCUUCUUCUUCUUCUUCUUCUUCAUUCGCCUCGCGCCCUCUCUCUCAACUCAAACACAUGGACAUUAUUGACCUUCUUCCCAACUCCACCUUCGAUUUUCGAUUUCAACUUCCUCGCCAAGCACAAGAUUUUUUGGAGAGGAGAGAGGUUAGAGAGUUUAUGAGCGGCGCCCUAGCUGGUGCUAUGACUAAAGCUAUACUUGCUCCACUUGAAACCAUUAGGACAAGAAUGGUUGUUGGUGUUGGGUCCAGACAUAUCACAGGUAGUUUUGUUCAGGUAGUAGAGCAGCAGGGAUGGCAAGGUUUAUGGGCUGGAAACAUGAUCAAUAUGAUUCGCAUUGUUCCAACGCAAGCCAUUGAGUUUGGCACAUUUGAGUGUACAAAACGUGCAAUGGCAUCACUGCAAGAGAAAUGGGAACAGAAUGAAUGUCCCAAGUUGCAGAUAGGUUGCCUAAAUUUGACUUUAUCUUUAUCUUGGAUUUCACCCGUUGCCGUGGCUGGGGCAGCUGCAGGAGUUGCUAGCACACUUGCAUGCCAUCCCCUCGAAGUUUUGAAGGAUCGGUUAACUGUAAGUCCUGAAGCAUACCCUAAUUUGGGAAUUGCAAUUAGAAAUAUUUAUAAAGAUGGUGGUAUUGGCGCUUUUUAUGCUGGUCUAUCACCUACUCUAGUUGGCAUGCUUCCAUACAGUACCUGUUAUUAUUUCAUGUAUGACACAAUAAAGAAAUCUUACUGCCUUACCAAAAAUAAGAAGUCUUUAAAUCGUCCGGAGAUGCUUAUAGUUGGAGCUCUAGCAGGUUUUACAGCCAGUACAAUUAGCUUUCCAUUGGAAGUAGCUAGAAAGAGACUGAUGGUGGGAGCUUUGCAAGGUAAGUGUCCACCAAACAUGGCAGCGGCACUGUCGGAAGUUAUUCGACAAGAAGGACUGAAGGGUCUGUACAGAGGAUGGGGUGCAAGUUGUUUAAAGGUGAUGCCAUCAUCUGGAAUCACAUGGAUGUUUUAUGAAGCAUGGAAAGACAUACUGCUUGUCCAGAAGGGAUUAAUCUAAUAAGGAUAAGUGGGUUUGUAAUUCUACAAGUCAUGCUAAUUUACCUCCUCUUUUUUAUCUUUUUGAAAUUAAGAAAUAACUUUAUGCUAACCAAUUUUGAAUGAUCUCAAAAGAAAGGAUGAGUUGGGGGAGUUUUAUGUGCUUCUUGUUUCUUUCCAUCAUAACUUAACUCCAAUAUGUAAUCUAAUUCUAUGGUUGUCGCCAGAGAAUGUCUCUGAAUAAUUAUUUAUUAAAAACCAUUCCAUAUUUGUAUUAUGGUCAUGUGAUUUUUUUAAAUCGGCGAAUGUUAAUGCACUUAAUCAGAGGAUCCAAGUAA